CACUGGAGCCCAGCGUGAGGCAGAUCUGUGCGGGACAACCGAUGGACCGGAGUUCCCCAGGACUGUACUUUUUGUGAUCCACCACUGAAGUUAAAACCACAACGCGGAUAGAUAGACGUUCACUUUUUACGCAAAAUAAACAGACAAGACGCAGAAAUGUCAGCCGGGUGGAUUUCUCCCCGGUAAAAGUUCGCUGCAUCCUUUUUAUCCUUAAUUUGGACGGAAACCUUUAAGAAAAUGCUAAGGACACACAGGAUGAAGCCCGCAUUCAUCGCAAUCUUACUCGGAGUGGUUGGAGCACUGGCCAAUAAGGGCUCGCGAUGCUCGUCGGGCCAGUAUACAACCAGCGGAGAAUGCUGUAAGCAGUGCCAGCCAGGAGAAGGCGUUGUUAAAGAAUGUGGGGUCACUCAGACGGUGUGCGCUCCCUGCAUCGACAGUGAAACUUUCUCAGAGAACUUCAGCCAUACAGAGAGGUGUCAGCGCUGCACCCAGUGCACAGGUCUGAUGAGGAUGGAGACCCCAUGUACUGAUGCUAAUGACGCCAUUUGUGCCUGUAACUAUGGUUACUACCUGAACAGCGUGACGCAGCGCUGCGAGCCCUGCACCAGGUGUCCUGAGGGCCAGGGCAUGUUAGUAGCCUGUGAGCAGGACCGUGACACUAUGUGUGAGGAGUGCACCAUGGACACGUACUCAGACCAGGAGAGCUCCAGAGAGCCCUGCAUGCCCUGCUCCACCUGUGAGGAGAGCGACGUGGACCAGGAGUGUACCCCUAAGAGCGACACUGUCUGUUUGGCCACCCCUACCCUGUCCCCCCCUCCGUUUGUCACCUCCCCCAUGAGCACUGAAGAAGAUGAUGGGGAUUUCUUCGUAGACCCACCUCUGCCGUUGCCCACUGAAAGCACCACGACCACCACAGGAGGGGACUCCCGACAGCCCAUUUACCAGGGCCUGAACGACAAGCUCAUCCCAGUCUACUGCUCCAUCCUGGCAGCUGGAGUUGGGGGUUUGGUGGCCUUUAUAAUAUUUAAAAGGUGGAAUAAUUGCAAGCAAAAUAAACAGGGAGCCAACAACUGUACAGCCAAUCCGAACCAGACGCCAUCGCCAGAGGGAGAGAAACUGCACAGUGACAGUGGCAUCUCAGUGGACAGCCAGAGUCUACAGGAGCAGCAGGGGCAGACGCAGACACACACAGUUCUUACCAUGGAAGAGGAGCCCUGUCUGCUGCUACCUCUUCACACAAGAGAGAAACUGGAGCAGUUGCUGUUCAGAGGAAGUGCUGGAGACAACUGCAACAUGGACGACAGUGACUGGUCCAACUUGGCCGGUCUCCUGGGAUACGAGGAGGAGCGAAUCGCCAUCUUCAGGCAGGAAGACCAUCCCGUCAGAGCGCUACUUUCUGACUGGGCCAGCAAGGACAGCGCCAGCAUCGACACUCUGUGCACCGCGCUGCGCAAAAUUAACAGAGAGGAUAUUGCUCAAAGUUUAGUCCUAGGUCCGAAUGCAAUGAAGCCCACUGCCACUUCUGUAGUCUGAACACUUAAAGCCUAUCUUAUAUACUAAGGCCUUGCUCAUAGCUCCUAUAAACUCAACUUUUAUCUAAAGCCUUGGAAAGCCAGCACCCAUAGAUCAUCAAAUUUACAAACCACAAUCUCCAUCAAAAAUAUUUCAAAAAUUUAGAUGAUAAAGCCAUGAAAUUCCUGUAUGUAAUUGAAUAUUUUUAUAUUUAUAUAUAUUUACUCAUAUAAUUGUUUCAUGUAUUGAACCUGUAUCUGUUAUUCAAGAAGAUUUACAAGUGAUCCAAGUGUGACUUUACCAAAUAUGGGGCCGCAGUGGAUCUGAGCUUUCAACUUCUUAUCUUUUUCUUUCAACCUUUCUGUCAGUGUUCACUUAAUUUAUAGUUUUGUUUUUUUUUUGUUUUUUUUUAACAAAUGCUUGUAUUGUAAAAAAAAAAAUCUACCAAAGAGAAGCAGCAUGUAACAUUUUGUGAAACUUUUGACAAAUGACCUGCUAAUGCUACCAGACGAGGCACGCACCAUCCAAAUAUCUACAACAGAAAGAGACACAUAGACUUGUUCAAACUCAUUCUCAAUUUCAACCAUUUCAGAAGACAUUGAUCAGCUUGACAAAGUUUUGCACAAACUUGUGACUUGGACAAAUGCUGAUCAACGCUGAAAAUCUGCUGAAAUCUCCUGUAGAAGAUGUAAGAGGAAACAAUUCCACUUUUCUAUGUACAUGUUUUGUAAAUACCAAACUCAUCCAGUAUAGUAACUCUCCAUGCAUGCACUAUGCAAACAUACCACACACGUUUUGCUUCAUUUAACUAAUGUGCUGUUCUAGGGACCAGAUACUGUUAUGUCAACACUAGAGCUCACUGUAAGAAUGUGUGUAAGCUAUGCACUGCAGUGUGUUAGAAAAUGAGAGAGGAGCAAAAUGCAGGGCUUGAAGUUUUGUUUUUCUAAGGGUUUCUUGUAGAUUUACAAUCAAAUGUAAGCACAUUAUAGUUAAACCCAGUUCAUUAUUCAUUCACUGCUCAAUCUAAAUACAUUUUCACAUAGCAAAGACAUUUGCUCUAGCAGUAAAUUUCAAAGACAAAACCAUAAGACACUGUGAUAAUUUAACUUACAAUGCUUCUGGGUGAAAUUGGCCAUGUCCAAAUGUAUUCCUACUGUACACCUGUGGCAGUGGUCUAAGCAAAGUUCCUCCAGAUUUGCAGGGCAACCUGUAGUACAGAGGGCAACAACAAUGUAACGCCUAAAAUCCAUCUCCAGAUCUUGAGCUCGACUUGGUCAGGACUACUUAGCUGGAGGAUUUUUGCCUUUACUGGAUGUUUUGGGCUGGUGGGCCAAACUGGAGUGCCUGAAGAUAACCCACGAGACACAAAGAGAACAUGCAAACUCUACUCAGAAAGGAAAUACUCUGUCAUUCUCUCCACAGUCUUAAAAGUAAAUCAAUCAAUAUUUGGCCACUAUUUUGUUUUGUUUUAGGCUUUCAUCCAGAUUCAGGGUUUGAAAAAUGUUACUUAGCUUCCACCUUACAACUGCUUAAAAUCAUCACCGGUACAGACACCGUGGUACUCUUUGCGCCUGACAAUCUUUGAAACAGAUGAAACAGAUGGGUGAAUUGGGGCAUACCCAAAGGGGGGUGUAGUGUUUCCUUAUUGUUUGCAACAAUGACCUCUGGAUGAAAGGCGAGUCAAUGGAGACACAAGUCAAAGGAUGUGGGGUGGGUUCAGAGCAAAUAGACAGGGGAAAGUGGAGUGGUAGUGAAAAGUGUUGGGUUACGUCCAGGUAGAAACAGGAAAUUGUAUAAAUCAGAUUGUUUAAGUGUUAGCAUGGAAGCUGUGGUUAUGGCACUGUGGCUUGUUUUUUUCUUGAGUUAUGCUGCAUGUUGUUUCACACAUUCUUCCAAUACAAUCACUGGCCACUUUAUUAGAAAAAAUAGUCAAGAAAAGCCAUUGUUUUGGGAUGUUACUUAAAAAAAACAGAUGGUGAUUAGAUGACAUGCAUUUCUGAUAACAUUUGAUGCUAUAGCAAAAAAAAUAAUAAUAAAAAAAUGUUACAAUGAAAAAACGAUGGAGUAGUUGUAUAGACACCUAUUUGAAUCAGUGCUAUAAAUGUCACAAAAGAGGCAUGAGAAGCAAAGUGUGGCACUGUGCCUAAAACGUGGCCAGUGAUUGUAAAUGUUUACAAUUGAAGGAACCCAUUGUUUGUUUUUUACUAACCAAUAUUGAGCUUACAUGAUGAAAUGAAGGUGUUCCAUAAAACUGUACAUGUUGUUAAAUAUGAUGUUAUUUUAUUGGUAUAGAUUGUAGCACUUACAAGUGUCAUGUUUUUCUGUGUUGCAUCAUAUGUGCCUGGGGAUUUUUCAGGUUUCUGCUGAUGUUGCACAGUUAUGUUUUUAGAUAAUUUUGUAAUAAAUCUUAUGCUUUUGUAUUUUUUAUUUUUAAUAGGAGUUAAAACCUUAUAAAAACUUUUCUGUCUUUCUUUUUUUUUUUUUUUUUAAGGGAGUUGUAGUUGUAGUUAGAGCAAAGCAAUGACUGUUUAUAUGGUAUGGUAUAUGGUAAAUGGUAAUUAGUAAACCAACAUAUUAAUGUACUAAGAAGACACCCUUACAGUAAUGUAUUAGUAUUUAUACAGAUAGUUUUUUUAUUUGGAAGUGAAAUGACACAGUCUGCCACAACUGAAAUUGGAUCUUUUAAAGAUACCUAAAAUGGCCAGUCAUACCUAUUGUUUUUGUUGUUCAGGCAUAACAUUCACCGUGCAUAACUAAACAUUAGUCAAUUAACUUUACACCACCCAUAUAUUCAGUAUAUAAUAAUUACUGUAAAACAAAUCAAGAACAUGUUUUGCUUAUUUUGCUAAAUAUAAUCCUAUAGAUUAUUUGAGUAGCUUGUACAGUAUCUUUAACUGAAGUGUCAUUGUUAUUGCACUUGAGUGACAUGUAAUUAUGCAAAUGAGGGUGUAUGUCUGAAAUUAAAAGCCCAGGUAAUGAAGCUCGUACUGACAAUGACUGUCCAGAUUUAUGGAUAUAAUGAAUGUUCCUUAUGUACUAAUAAUGUAAACUGUACUAUAGUUCAUGUGAAUUUACAGAGGUCCUACGUCAAACAAGCAGUAAACCAAUAAUAAAGCUCUUAAACCUAA